AUGGUGCCAUCGCAUGGGCUCAUGAAGCCCCGAGAGAUCACUGCUACAAUCAGCUCACUCACCAAAACUGGCCGUUGGCAAGAGGUCUUGUCCCUGCUGGCAGAUUUGCCAGAGACUGUCAAAGCCAAUGUGAUUAUCUACUCAUCGGCCAUCAAUGCUUGCGCGAAAGGGAAGCAAUGGCAACAAGCCUUGCGGGUCCUCCUCGACCUGAUGGAAGCCAACCUGCAGCCAAAUGCCAUCUGCUUCGGAGCAGCAAUCAAUGCAUGUGACAGAUGCGAAGAGUGGCUAUGGCCGUUGGCCUUGCUGGACGACAUGCGAAAGCUUGAUUUGAGUGCUUCUGAGGAAUUCUGCAUCAAUGCAGCCAUGAGUGCCUGUGGCAAGAACCAGCAGUGGGAAGCCUCGCUGAUUUUAUUUGAGCAGCUUUCUUUAGCCGACGUCCAGAUAAGCACUGUUACUUGCAACACUGCCAUCAGUGCAUGUGAGAAAGGAAAGCAGUGGCAACGAGCCAUGCAGCUGCUCAUUAGCAUGCCAUCGCUAAAGGCACUGCCCGAUGUCAUCAGCUUCAGUGCUGCUAUUAGUUCGUGUGAGAAGGGACUUCAAUGGCCCAAUGCUGUGGCUUUAUUGGACGGUAUGAGCCUGGAAGCCAUACAUCCCAACGUGAUUUCAUUGAAUGCAGUCAUUGGAGCUUGCAGCUUCGAUGCGUGGCAAUGGGGGCUCCACCUUCUGAAUAACAUGGAUUCAUGGAAGCUGAUGCCAGAUGUGAUCUCAUUCAACUCAGCGAUUGCUGCCUGCGGGACUGCUGAAAAGUGGGAUAUGGCUCUGAGACUUCUCCACUCUAUGCGUCAUUCUCCUCGACCUAACUCUCGCACCUAUAAUGCUGCCAUCGCUGCCUGCGAGCGGGGCAGUCAGUGGGAACAAGCAUUUCAAGUGCAGGAGCUCAUGAAGACUCGGAAGGUCAAGGUGGAUAUCAUCGGCUGCGGGAUUGCCGAGAAACUCCAGACUGACACGCGCUCAUACACCGCAGUAAUCAGUGAGCAAGCCUUGACCAUGGAUGCAGUCGUGCACAGCCUGGAAAUCAGUGUCGCAUUGCUGCGUUUCAGGAACGUGAACACUGUGGCCUCUGCAUAUCAAAAAGCAACCCAGUGGCAUUUGGCCCUGGCAGUUAUGCAACAAAUGCAGGAAGAUGGACUGCAAGCCGAUCCCAUUACGUUUGCGUCCUGCAUUUUGUCCCUUGGACGUGUUCACAAGUGGCGGCAAGCCAUGCAGCUGUUUGAUGAAAUGCUCUUCAGCAAGGUGGAGCCAGGAAACACCAGCUGCAAUGCUGUUUUGUCAGCCUGUCAAACUGCACAAGCAUGGCAAAGUGUCCUCCAGAUCUUCUUGAGCAUGCCGGAAUUACAGGUUCAAGCGGAUGUAGUCAGCUAUAACGUUUGUAUCGGCUCGUCUGGCAAGGGGCAGCAGUGGGAAGGGGCUCUUGAGAUAUUGUCUCAGAUGCUGCUUGAAAGACUUGAGGUGACCACUAUCAGUUGCAAUGCUGCCAUUUGUGCAUGCCAAUUCGCAAGCCACUGGCAAGAUGCUGCGCACAUCCUUUCAUCUAUGCAGCUUCACGGCCCUGAGCCUGAUUUGACCACCUUCCAUGCAUGCAUGCCUGCGUUUGGCCGUUACCAGAAGUGGGAAGUGUCACUGGACAUGAUGGCCGACUUACAAAGUUCAAACCAGAAGCUGGACCUUCUGACCUACAGCGCAGCAAUGUGUUCAUGCCAGAAUGCCCAACAGUGGAUGCUGGUUCUGCAGCUUUUGUCUGAGAUGUGCAGCUCUCAACUUCUGCCCGACCUGUUGUGUUGGACCGCCGCUCUGGAUGCUUGUGGCAAGAGUUGGCAGUGGCAAAAGUCCUUGGGUUUUCUUCAAGACAUGCGGUCACAACGUUUAGUUCCAGACACUGUUUGCUGCAAUGCCGUACUGGGAGCUUGCCGGCUGCAGUGGCGCCAAGCAGCGGAGAUUUUGUCGGUGAUGAAUGCCAAGGGUCCACGGCCCGAUGCGCUUUCUUUAGAAACCUGUUCAGAGACGUGCGUAGCUUGCAAUCAGCACUGCCCGGCAGUGACGGCACUGAAUCAGAUGCCCUUCACUGCCUUAGAGCUGCUGCAAGGUUGUCACGUCCCUCCAAAAAGGCGCGCGGCGCACGCGCUUACCUUCUGCCUGCCAGCUGCUGCGCAUAUUACGCUUCCGUUGGGCGUGUGCUUCUGUAUCGUCAAUGCCCAGGUCAACAGCCUGAGCUGGCCCCUUGCCACAAGGUAUGCCUACUACUUCGCAGACCUAAUGGUGGGAACUCCUCCCCAGCUCACCUCCGUGAUCGUUGACACCGGAAGUCAUUUGCUGGCGUUUCCCUGCGGGGGCUGCGGUGAUAAAUGUGGUCAUCACCUCGAGCCGGCUGUGGAUAUCAGCAAGUCCUCUACUGCACACUGGGAGCACUGUGAUCAGGUGCCCGAGGAACAGGGGAGAUGCAAGUGCUCGAGUGACAAUCGGUGCAAGUACUCCGAGACCUACUCUGAAGGCAGUGCAAUCACUGGGCAUUGGUUCAUGGACAAGGCAAGGCUGGGCGACUCCUUCGAAAACAACACGGCGGUUGAGGUGAAGAUGGGCUGCCACGACUCAGAGAACAAGCUCUUCUACACCCAAAAGGCGAAUGGCAUCAUGGGGCUGGCACCAAUUCUGCCAGCUGCUUGGGCUCCCCAAGAGGCUGCCCGGGCGCCAGAGAUUUUGGAAGACUUGUUUCGAGACUUGGUUGACUUUUGGACUCGUUUGUUGGUUGGCCUGAUUUCGACAGUUCGCUGCUACUAUGUUGUGCAUCCCAGUCAAUUUCAUGUUGAUUCUUUGGUUGUCGCUGCCAGCAGCGAUGAAUUCGGAAAGGCAAUCAUUGACAGUGGCACUACGCUGUCCUACUUUCCAAGUCAAGUCUUUGCGCGGCUGAUCACGAACAUCGAGACCUACUGUGGCACACACGAGUCAUGCCAUGCAGGCAAGGAUCCAACCAAUAGCCAUUGUUGGCGGCUGAACGAUCCUAGUGCAUCGCCUGAGGGCUUUCCCACUUUGCAUUUGAAGUUUGACCAGGGCGCUGAAGUAGUCUCAUGGGAGCCUGCAUCCUACCUGAGCGAGCGGGGCUAUGGAGUUUGGUGUUAUGCUAUCGCUGAAAGCCAGAAUGGAGACACAAUUCUUGGAAUUUCUUGGAUGCUACACCGAGACACGAUCUUUGACUUGGGACAGAGGCGGAUCGGCAUGGCCUCAGCAGAUUGUCCACGCUACAAAGAAGUCCCCACUUCUUUAUGGCAACGUUUGGCCGUCACAUUGUCCCAGCUUGGCGUGAAACCUACCAUGGGACCGAUGGUCUUGGGCAGUGUCCUGGUGAUCUUCGCGCUUUUCAGCGUCAGAUUGUUGAAGGCGUUGCCCUGGGUGUCGCGAGAACCAGUGGUCUCGCAUGAGACAAUCUUCAGUGCAAGACAAGUAGAGGCCGAAUCACUCGAACCUUCGGACAUGCGGGCGCUUUUGAGAGCUGCUUAG